CGCCAAAAGAAGAUAAGGAACCCACCCAAAUAAAAACAAAAAAAAAAUAAUAAUGGCAGAAACGAGACAUCGCAACAUGCUCCUUCUUUCCUGCCCGGUACUAGUACUUCUCCUUCUAUUACUCAACGCCGGCCCCGUCGCCGGCGACGGCUUCUUGGACAACAUCAACUCGGAGUCGGUGUCGUCGCUCUUGUCGAGCGAGUCCCUCGACAAUGCGAAGAAGGCCAUCUCGGCCGCCGCCCCGGACGUGAAGGACGCCGUCCAGCAAUUCGCGGAUUCCGCCGGAGCCAAAGGCCAAGACGCCAAGGAGGCUCUUGAGUCGUGGGCCCAGUCCCCCGGCGGCGCGGCAGCUUCUCCGGAGAUUGCUCAGGCUCUCAAGGACGCCGUGGACGGGAAAGACGGUUCCUCGUGGAAGGAUUGGCUCAAAGGUACAAUGAGCGGCAUGGGCUACGGCUCGCCGGCAAGUUCGCCGGAAGGAGCCCCGGAAGCGGCAAUGGCGCCGGCAUCACCCGAACCUCCUCAUGCGAGUGAUCAAGAGAUACUGGCAGCGGCGCCGCGGUCGGCUUAGGGAUAAGAUGAUAUGACGAUUGAAAUAACUUAAUUUGUAAUUUAAUUUAACCGUCGAGUUUCAUUUGUACGUAGCUUGAAUUUGCUAAAUUAACUCUUGUUGUAAUAUUGCGUGAUUGACUUCGUGGUAAAAGUGAAGGACCUUUUCGGUAACAAGAUGAACGUACACUACUUCAAUUAGCACACGUGCGCGAUCUAGAAAUUACGUUUUAGAGUAAAACUUGAAAAAAAAA